AUGAAGACCUUUCACUACCUUCUCCAUUUUCUGUGUUAUCUGACCUUCAUUCUACAAGCCACAGCUACCUUGGUGGAUCCUGGUCGGUGCUCAAAAUCUUUCGGUUUCUGCCGGAGACAGUGUCUUAAAGAGGAAAAGCAAAUUGAUAUAUGUUUCUCACCAAGUAAGAUCUGCUGCGCUGAGAGGUUUACUGAAGAUUAA